UAACAAUGAAAAUAAUGCGAAAUGUUCCUCAAUAAUUGUUUAUCGGUUGGUUGUGACUAAACCUUUAAGGUCAAGGUCAGUGAAAUCGUUAUCAAUGCCAAUGGUUGAUAUGUCGUUCUUUGACUCAUUACCAAUAUUUGUAGUGGAUGCAUUUGCAUCACAACCUUUUAAAGGCAACCCAGCAGCCGUUUGUUUGGUUUCUACAACAUGUCAUCCACAGGUCUGUAGUAAUGCUGAACUUAUGCAGAAUAUAGCCAGUGAAAUGAACUUAUCAGAAACAGCUUUUGUAAUAUCAACAGGAAACCCGGAUACAUUCACAACAGGAGACUCAUUUUCUCUUCGGUGGUUUACUCCAUCGACGGAAGUAAAUCUGUGUGGACAUGCAACAUUAGCUUCUGCGGCAGUUUUGUUCCGGAAACUAAGUAACACAAACCCCGUGUUAAAAUUUGACACACUAAGUGGUAUAUUACCAGUAUGUCGAAAUGGCAAGCUGAUUUCAUUGAACUUCCCACUUAAUACAUCCAUCAGUCAGACGUUAAAUGAUUAUAGAGAUCUGUUAAAAGCGAUACUUGAUGUGACACUGAUUCAAGAGAUUGAAUAUUCACCAAACACAAAAAAAAUACUGGUUCGACUCAAAAAUGAAGUUCAAAAAGAGCAGCUGAAGAAUCUAGUUUUUAACAUUUCAUCACUGCCAUUAAUAGAAUCAUCGGGAAAAAUAAAAGGCGUAAUAUUGACGUUAAAAGGGACUAAAGAAAAUGGCUGUCUAGACCAAAAUGGCGAAUGUUUUGAUUUUAUAUCCAGAUAUUUUGCACCAUGGGUUGGAAUUCCUGAAGACCCUGUAACAGGUUCUGCUCACACUGUUUUAGCUAGUUAUUGGUCAAAACAACUAGAGAAAAAUGAUCUUUAUGCUCAACAGUGUUCUACCAGGGGCGGAGAAAUGCGAAUUGUUGUGAAAGAUGAUCGAGUAGAAAUGUCCGGCCAAGCUGCUAUUACGUUAGAGGGACGUUUUAAUCUGUGAUAUUAAUUAUGUGAUCUUCGGGCCCACAUUAAACAUUGUAGAAUAAAAGGUUUCAGAAUAA